AGUUGCACUGUCAUCCACUGCCUGCGUAAAAUUCGAUAGCCAUCGAGGACAAACCGCAGUUCGUAGAGCGAUUUUACUUCGAUUUUUGCACGGCUUUUCGAAUUCUAAGUAGCAAAAAAGCGGUCAUAACUGCGACCGCGGUCGUUGAACAACAAGCUCUGUACCGCGCAAAGCCGCUUCCGUGGGAAUAAAUCUGUGAACGAUUCAGGCUUGAGAGAAAAAGAACACCGAAAGUGAAGCAGAAAACUUCCACAUCAAAAUUCCAAUAAUAUCGGUUCGUUUUAUGUUCUGUCACUGAGUGUAUAGUGGAACUGUGCAUGUAGGGGUAUAUAUUCGUUCUUACUGAAUGCAUGUGCAUAUCGGUAUUGAACCGGACAUAAACAUUUUCUUCCGUGACGGGACUGACCUUGCCCGAAGUGUUUCGCGAGUGGAUAAUGUCGGGUAAUGGAAAUGAGCAGAAUGAGGGUUUUUGGACACCGGAACAGUCUCAUCCAGCUGCCCAGCAACCACAAUACAUCGCUCCGGAUGGACCAGUUCCAGGAACUUCCAACAGUUAUUUUCAUCCGAAUACGGGUAGCGAUGCGCCACCUACCCAUGGAUUAAACUACGGACAUCCUCCGCUGGGGGAUAAUUUCACCGUCCUCAGGGAUGGUUAUGGAAAUUUCAUUAAAGUUUACCAUCAACCCAAUGAGGAUCUGAAUUUGAACAAUCCGGUCGGGAAGUAUGAGUAUGAACUGUUUUCCGGUACUAACAACUUUAUGCAUCCCGCCCCUGGCUUUGGACUUCUGUUCCAUCAGCAGCAACCUCAGCCAGACGCAUCUGCGAGUGCCCCAAAGGUUCAGCAGAGCGGCCCAGUUGGGAACGACGGAAGCAACACAAAUAUGUUGAUUAAUCAGCUGGUAGGAAAUUGGGCCCCAACCAUAUCUGGAACAUAUUCUCCUUUCGGUGGAGUUGGUCCAUCGCUCCUAGCCGAGGGUUUGCCUCGUUCUUCCGACAUUUACGUGCAGCCUCAACAACCGCCUCAGCAGCAACAGCAGCCUCAUCCGCAUCAACCACAACAACAGAAAUCUCCUAUUCACCAACCUUUGGCGCCAUCGAUGAACAAUUCGCCGCCAGCUGCGGUGCAUCUUCCACAUAGUCAGCCCCAACAGCAGAGCACGUCACCGACUGCCAGCGGCGCGGUCAGUAGCAGUGCAACUAGCUACAACCAACUAAACGACGAUAACAGCGCUAAGUUGAAUCAGAACGUUAAAAAACAGCGAAUCGUCGCCGAGGUGAAACCAAUGCGGAUGUCCUAUUCGGAUGUGCUGAGCAAGAACGUAGCUCCGUCGGGCCUCUCGACGCCGCCACCCACUCAAUCGAAUGGUGGUUCCGGUAAUUCUGCUGCUGCUACCAUCACCACCACGAAACUCAAUACUGCGCCUUCCAGUAGCUCUACUGGUGCGACUUCCAGUGGCGGUGGGAAGCAGAGUAAGGCAGAAAAAGGCCACACUAAAAAGUCUUCACAGCAGCAGCAGCAGCUUGGUGGUUCGGAGGUUGGCAGAAGAACCGAACGUGCUGCUGCCGGGUCUGGCCAGAAAAAGGGUACACCGCUCAAUAGCUCCAAUCCGGCAGCUCAUCAAGCGAAUGGGGAGAUUAUGAGCGGUUCGAAGCAAAACGGGAAUGGUUCCGACAGGGUGGCCAAAAAAUUGGACAAAUCGAAAGCGAAACUCUCGAAGGAUCGGUUUUUGAGUGAGGGGGGUGGGAGUGCUUCCGGGGGAAAGCGAAACCGUUCUCGUAAUCUUAUUGACGCGUAUUCGGUGGAAGAUUUGCAAGGCCCGUCGGGAAGUGAAGGUCACCAAGAAGAAAUGGAAGAGUUGGAAGAAGAUGAUGAUGAAGAAGAGGAAGAGGACGACGCUGAAGAAGAAGAAGAAGAGUAUGGUGAGUACGAAGAUGAUUCACUGCCACAGCAACAGCAAUCAUUCGUGUACAAUGUGAAAAAGAAUAAUAACCCUAACGAUACUCAUAUAGAGAAGAUUAUCGUCUCGCGAUCGUCGUACAAACGAGGAAAUCGCACCGCCGGCGCUAACCGUUCAAAGGCGGACAAAUCCUACCAGCAAGCGAACGGCAAGCGAGGUCUUCGGCCGAAGAAGAAUCAGAAGUAUGUUAUGAUUCAAAAAGUAGUCAACGCCUGGAUCGAGUAUACGGUAAUCGCGCUGAUGUGGCUGUGGUCUUUGGUCAGCGACGUGGUUUAUCUCAGUCUGCGACUCGUUUGGGAUUAUCUGGUGGCCGCGUAUCAAUACUCUGAACAACACCUCGGUAAUGUGAAGCGCGAACUGCAACAGAAUCGUCCGGGAACAUGGCUAAAGGGCAUCUGGAAAUCGUUCGACAGUCGAUUCGCAAAAGAUUCGAAGUGGGCCUUUUGGCGAGGCAAGAAAAAGACUGUCCCUACAGAAGAGCAAGCGACAUCCGGCGCAAAUUACUACAAAGACGGACGGUUGCCAUCGACAGCUGACGAAGCGAUGUCAUCUCUGUUGAACUGUAAGGGAAAGGACGCGUACAGUAUUCUGGGCGUCAGACUCGACUGCUCGCAGGAGCAGAUUCGGAAACACUACAAGAAAAUUGCUGUGCUCGUCCAUCCGGACAAAAACAAGCAACCUGGCGCGGAGGAAGCCUUCAAGGUGCUGCAGCGAUCGUUCGAACUCAUCGGUGAACCGGAAAAUCGAAAAGCAUACGAUCAGAGCCUGGCGGAGGCGCUGAAUGCCGAGAAAGCCUGGUCGGAGAUCAACGAUUUGCUUACUCAGCUGCAUACGAAGAUUUCGGAAGCCGCUAACACUAUCAGAUGCAGCAGUUGUUGUCUGAGACACCCCCGCAAGCCGACUGGUCGCCCUCAGUAUGCUGCCAGAGAGUGCAACUCUUGCAAGAUACGACAUUCCGCCAGAGAGGGUGACAUCUGGGCAGAAACGACUUUCUUCGGGCUGCGUUGGAAAUAUCUCGCCAUGAUGGAGGGUAACGUCUAUGAUAUCACCGAAUGGGCUAACUGUCAGAAGGGGGCACUGUCCCACCUGCAACCAAACUCGCACAUUGUUCAGUAUCGCAUCGUUCUCGGUGGAAACUCGCAACAACAACAACAGCAACAGCAGCAGCAGCAGGGCAAUCAGUCACAGAGUGAGAAGGACGCAGCACGUAUUCGCAAGGAUGCACCCUCAAGUGAGCCCAGUUUGGACGAUUUUCUGAAUAAUAUUUACGCGGGUCAGAACCAGCAACAGCACCAGCAGCAGCAGCAACAGCAAUCACAGAGCGGCUCACGUCGGCGGCAUCGUCGCAAUUAGACAUCCUUGCUCUGUGUAUACAUGAAAUCUAGAGAUUAUUAAUCAGUGUUUAAGCGCUUUUAGUUUGUCUGCGUUUACCGUUCUCGUCACUGACGGUAGAAUAUAGUAGUCGUUCGCUAUUUGGUCUAUUUUAACCGAACUGCUCUUCAGCUGGGUGUGCGUAAAACCCAGUCAUUAAUAAUAAACGGCAUAUUCAAUUUGAUGUUUUGCUGUUAAUAGAUGUUCGAAUAUGAUUUGAGAUGUUAUAUAAAUUGACAUUUUUUUUUUCGCAUGACGAAGACUUGAUGAAAUCGCAUGCAAUUUUUGUGAAAACCUUUUGUAUAUUCAAUUUCAUGAAGUUGAACGCUGAGAAAAUGGUUGCUUGCACUACUUUGGGACUCCAAAUUGGAACGUUCCCAAGAGUUUUUCCUCUGUGCCAAUCAAACAAUUCACGCUUAACUUUUCAAUAGGACUUAUCUGUUUCAAACGAUUCUCUUUAUUGACUUUCUCUUUCAAUUACCACGGACUUGCAGACAAAUUUUGCGCCAGUUUUGCCACAUAGUUUGAUAAUCGAGAUUCCCUUCUACACUCCUGAUCAUCGGACAGAUCAGGAAACGCUUUUAUCGCUGCGUUAUUAACGACAGAGAAUGUCAAUGAAGAGAAUCGAUAAAACAGAUAGGUAGUUCCCCUCAGCUUUAUUUGACGUUUGCCAUGUCAACCCAGUUAGCGAACAACUACUGUAUAUUUAUCCGAUGUCCUCAGCAGCAGAUACGCGAGCCAAGGCCGCUGUACAAACCCCACUUGGACAUAGCUUGCCAAGGCACGCAUUAGAGGAAAAAUUUCCCACUGAACCAGGCCGAGCACCAGGAAGAAUCAAUAUUGUGUGAAGACGCGUUGAAAUAUCUCAAGCAGGAAAAUAAACUCACUGACGCUGAUGUAAUUUGAUUAGUAGAA